AUGGCUUAUAUACGCACUCCUACACCCGAUAAAGCAUUUUUCCUCGUUAUACAAUAUCACAUUCAAAAGAUGUCAGAAGUAUUUUGUUGUGGGUGUGAAAGCAAUCUUGUGUUGUACAUAUUUCCUGGUGCUGUUCGCAGCAGCAAAAAGCUGCUUCCGAGACAAUCCGCUCAGGUUUCAUCGAGCAUAAAUUCACAAAAAUUUUGA